CUCCGCCUUUUUGAAGAUUUGACCUCAACCACACGAGCGACUGUCGCGACAACAGAAACUCGUCAUUCAUCAUGUCGGACGCUCCGGUCACCUUGCGCACGCGCAAGUUCAUUCGCAACCCCCUUUUGAUGCGAAAGCAGAUGGUUGUCGAUGUUCUUCACCCAUCGCGCCCCAAUGUCAGCAAGGACGAACUCCGUGAUAAGCUCGCCUCCCUCUACAAGGCCAACAAGGAUGCGGUUUCUGUCUUUGGCUUCCGUACACAAUAUGGCGGUGGAAAGUCCACAGGUUUUGCUCUGAUCUACGACUCACCAGAAGCACUGAAGAAGUUUGAGCCACACUACAGGCAGGUUCGAUACGGCCUCGCCGCCAAGGUCGAGAAGGCCAGCAGGCAGCAGCGCAAGCAGCGAAAGAACCGCCAGAAGGAGCUGCGCGGCACAGCGAAGGUCAAGGGAGCGAAGAAGAAGAAGGGAGAAUAAACGACGAGCAUGUCGGUCAUGGUGCAGGUCCCGGUGUCGAACGAUUCACUGCGAUGGACGGCUGUUAUGUAGCAUACUUGCACGCUUCUUUGCAGUUGGAACUGCAUAUAUCAGGCAAGGCAACGGCGUUAGGCUGUCCGAUGUUUGCAUGGUAGAGAAAAAGAAUGAACAGCCACUGAGCAUGAUUUCAAACAGUA